CUCUGGCCUUAAAAUGUAUGUUUUUCAGGGACCUAAUUAGCCACUCCCUAGCUCCUGAGAGCAGACUUCUACUGGGUCAGGAGCACAAACCCAGAAUAACCUACUUGCAGGGACAUGAUUAAGGAUGCGUUAGGCAGAUGUCCUCGUUAAUGAUGAUACUGAAAAACCCACGUGAAGGAGCGAACGUCAUCCGCAGACUCACACUGAAAGUAUAUCAGUUUCUGUAGAAGCAGCAGCAGCAGCAGCAGCAGCAAGAGGAGGAGGAAGAGGAGAUACAUCCCAGAGCAAAAAACUGGCAAUCAUGGUCGUUGUGCGGAUCGUCGCGUGCCUGUGCCUGCUGGUGAGCUUCUCGCUCCAGGUGGACGUCGUGAAAAGUGGGAAAGAAGAAGCAGGGAAAGCCGGGAACUUCAUGGAAGACGAGCAAUGGCUGUCAACCAUCUCCCAGUACAGCCGGAAGAUCAAACACUGGAAUCGCUUCAGAGACGAAGUUGAGGAUGACUACAUCAAAAGCGCAGACGAGAACAUGGGCUCUGAUGAAACCGUGGACACCACCAAGGACCCGUGCCAGAAUGUGAAGUGCAGCCGCCAUAAGGUGUGCGUCGCCCAGGGCUACCAGAGAGCCAUGUGUGUCAAUCGCAAGAAAGUGGAGCAGAGAGUAAAACAACCCGUGCAACAGGAAGCUCACGAAAGCAGCUGCAAGCCAUGUCCUGUUGUUGCCUCUACACCUGUAUGUGGCUCUGAUGGACACAACUACGCCUCUGAGUGUAAGCUGGAGCAGCAGGCCUGCCUCACAGGCAAAGACCUGAGCAUCAUGUGCACUGGCUUUUGCCCCUGUGCCACCGCCCCUGUCACCAUCACAAACACUGACAUAAAACGUGAGAGCUGCACCGGCCAGGACCUGGCAGACCUGGGCGACCGCCUCAGAGACUGGUUCCAACUCCUUCAUGGAAACGCCAAGCAGAACAACUCUGGCAAGCUCAGAGCUGGCACCGCUUCAGCGCUGGACAGGAGCCUUGUAGCAAGUUGCAAGGACUCCAUCGGCUGGAUGUUCUCAAGGCUUGACACAAACGGUGACCUGUAUCUGGACCACGCCGAGCUGGCUGCUAUAAACUUGGACAAGUAUGAGGUCUGCAUCCGACCCUUCUUCAACUCCUGCGACAGCUACAAGGACGGGAAGGUUUCCACAGCAGAGUGGUGCCUAUGCUUCUGGAGGGAAAAGCCGCCGUGCCUUGCCGAGCUGGAGAGGAUCCAACUGCAGGAGGCAGCCAAGAAGAAGCCCGGGACAUACAUCCCCAGCUGUGACGAGGACGGCUACUACAGGAAGGUGCAGUGUGACCAGAGCCGAGGGGAGUGCUGGUGUGUCGACCAGCAUGGUGGAGAGAUGAUGGGAACCAGAAUCCAUGGCAGUCCUGAUUGUGAUGAAGUGGCGGGAUAUUCUGGAGAUUUUGGGAGUGGAGUGGGAUGGGAGGAUGAAGAAGAGAAGGAGGCAGAGGACAAUGGAGAGGAGGCCGAGGAGGAGGAAGAAGAGGAGGGCGAGGCAGACGAUGGAGGAUACAUCUGGUAGAACUGUCUGACCCCUUCGGUAGAGAGAGCCGUGUCAAAGCUACUGGCCUCAAAAUCGACAGGGACCGCUCUCUCCUGACAGCAAAGGAUUCUGGGAUGGGACUGAGGAGUAAUGGAAGUGUGUAUCAUCCUGGUGUGACGGUUGGUGCUGGUCCAGGGAUAAGACGAGGACCAGUUUUUGUCUUAGAUAUGUGUAAUUGCUUCAUUCUCCUCUCUGUGUUUUGAGUAACAGAGCUUUUUGUUUUGCCGUCCUCGAAUGCAGGACCCAUCGACUACUGCGCCAUAGGUAGCUAAAGUCCAUCAGAGUUUCUAUCUUGUCCGACCGCCAUCUAUGCAUAUAGAGAUUACCUGUAAUUUUGUAUUGUGUGAAUAUUCCUUGAGUAUUACAGUCACCGUCACACUGGAAUCAAAAGAGAUCAGAAAUCAAAGGAGAAGUUUAACAUUCUGGGAAAUAAACUUUCUUACAAUGAGUUUAAUUUGAAGCUUGACACAGCUCUCAUAUUAACUACAAAGCUAAAUCUAGGAGGUUAGCUUAGCUUGAAAAAGUUGCUUGGCUAUGACUGAAAGUAGAAAAAAAUGAGCUAAACAAAGACCUCUGAAGCUGACCAAGUAACACCUUAUAGUGCGAUUGGUAAAUCUACAUAUCCACAAAGUAAAGAAAAACAUGUUUUUAGAAAGUCUUAGGUGCUGCACUAUCUCUAGUCUCUGUGCUGUAAAGAGAAAUAGUCCACAACACCUGUGUUUACAUUGUUGUUCAAAUUUAACCAAUGAUAGUUAACAUAAGCUUGAGAUACGUCUUUUGUUACCUCUGGAAAGAGCCAGACUUUUUGAGUCCCUGCUAACGUGACUUUUCACAUUCUUUACAGAAGCUGUAAAGCUUUACUGCACUCAAACAAUAUUGUCUCUAAAAAUCCACUGAACACUACCUGUUUGAGAGAUGCAGCAUGUAUCUAACUGGAACAUUUGGUAGCAUUUAGCUCUUAAAGUGACAGACAUUUCCCUUUCCCAGGUGGUGGAGACCAAAAAAGAGCAAAAAAGGGUGAAAUUUUGACUCAUUUUUGCCUGUGGGUCCCUAAUAAGACUCUAAAUGAAUGCUAGCAUAAGUGCUAGACUUGACUGCUUGCUAUCCAGUACUAAGCUUUACUGCACUCAAACAAUAUUGUCUCUAAAAAUCCACUGAACAGUACCUGUUUGAGAGAUGCAGCAUGUAUCUAACUGGAACAUUUUGUAGCAUUUAGCUCUUAAAAUGACAGACAUUUCCCUUUCCCAGGUGGUGGAGACAUUUUGAUUCAUUUUUGCCUGUGGGUCCCUAAUAAGACUCUAAUGGCCCUUUUCCAGUACACAGUCCCAGCCCUACUCGGCUCUACUCGACCCUCCUCCACUCAACGUUACUUGGUUUGGGUAACUUUUCCACCAGCCUGAGUACCGACUCACAGUGGGCGCGAUACUGCAUUCACGUCAUUUUGAACGCAACACAAACACAACAAUCACAAACAAUGGAGGCAAUGGUGUACUUGCUGCUCGGUCUAUGGCUUUUUUGUCACAGGUCGAGCAAGAGAAGAGAAACCACAAAGAAACUUUGCGUUCAGACAUUGUACAGUACUGAUGUCGUUUUUUUUAAAUGGUGGGUUCCCUGACUAAUCAGUGGCCGGCAGUCCAUCGACGUCACCUUUUAGUAUCGUCUCAGCUCGCUUGGAACCAGAGCAGAGCAGGUACGAAAAAACUUGUAUCUGACACGAGGUACCGCGCCCGUGGAAACACAACACAAACCGAGUAGAGUCGGGUCAAGUCAAAUAGAGUAGGGCUAAGACGGGCCGGUGGGACUGCUUGCUAUCCAGUACAGCACAUGAACUUAAAAUUUGAAAUAUGCUCACAGCUUGUCAAAAGUAAAUUCCAUUGAAGAAUUAUGUUAUGUUAAGCCAACUAUCUCUCGGCUGUAGCUUCAUAGAGUUACAUUAGUUAGUUCAUAUUUCCCAAGAAGUUAAACUUGUCCUUUCAAUCAGCUCUGUUUAAUGUGGUUAUGUGUUUAAGAACUGACUCUGUAAAUAAAUUCAGUGUAAAUGAUCUGUGAAGCAAGUUUAGAGGAUUUUAGUAGCUAUAAGGUUUCAGGCUACCUUUAAGAUAAAGACGUGGCUACCACAGCUUGAAGCAGUUUUUAAAUAUGACUGUACAUGCUUUACAAAUGAAGUGGAGACACAAACGGGACCUAUAUUUCCAGUUGGAUUACUUUUAUUGAAAACCUGUAGAAUGUAUACUUUAAUGACCCAAACUGCACCUACAGUAGAAACCACUAGCUGCUGUUCUCUGCUAACUCUAAAAUCACGUCAAAUAAUGUGCCACACAUGUUUUAUUCUGUUUGCAACUUGAUGAACUGUUUUGUGUUUAUAAAAAAAAAGGAAAUGUGUGCAUUACUUGAAGUUCUGUGUGUAUACUUGAAUUCAACUUGUAAUUUUUUUCUAUGAGAUCACUGUUGCCAUGUCUUCAUUCAUGCUAUUACUAGGUCAGACAUUUGGUAGUUUUUAGUAUUGCAUGUGGGUAAAUAAGAAUGUACUUCUAGGCUGAGCACUUUACUAAUAAAGGCACUGGAGCCAAGCUGUA